CUUGAGCCCAGUCAGCAAGAGGGGAAGAGCAAUUGAGAAAGUGGAGAAAACCCCUGCUCACACAAGGGAUUGAGGUUGGGCUAGGGUGGAGGGGAAGAGCCGCCUAAAUGCCCCCUCCCCCAUCACUCCCAGGGCUUUGCUUGAGAAACUGGUACAUGGCCCCUAGCUCAGCCUCGUUCCAGAGGCUGGGAUGGGCAAGAAGGAAGGGGAGAGGUAAGGGGCAGCCCACAAGCCUGGGAAUCACAGGCAGGGGCUACCCUGGAGAACUGUUGUAAGGGUUCUUCUGGCUCCUGGAGGUCCUGGCUGCUGGCCAAGUAUUGAUCUUGGGCUAUUUCCAGCCUCCCUACAGCCCCCUUUGUUGUGUCUGUUGUUCCUCCUCCAGUUACCCUGACCCGCGCAUUGUCACUCUCCCUUUCAUUCUCACACACACACUCACACACACACUCUCUCUACUUCUACUGCUCUAUGAACACAAUAUUCUCUCCCACUCACAGGGACAGACAGGGAUGCAGGGAUCUCACACCCAACCACGCAAUGAGGGAUGCUCACCUACAGGGCCACGGGAAGCAGCGGCAGCCCCUCUCUCUCUCACACACACACACACACACACACAGAGCCCACAGAGCCCCACCAGGCACAUCAUCUCAAAAAGCAAAGGCCCUUUCCUAGGAAGAAGCUCACUACAAAGUUUUUUACUCUGCUCUACCUACUCCCCAGACACUAGGCAGCAGCUUCAGCUUCUCAUCCUCUCUGCUCCUCAGUUUGUGGAUUAGCAGUGCCGGGAACAGGAGGAGGAAGGGCCUCUUGAUGGAAACAGAGGCAGCUUCCCCAAAACCCCCUCCCACUCCACCCCACAGGGCCAGAGGCCUAGUCUGGGGAUGUGCCUGUAUAUCAGUGCAAAGUGUGAGUGGGUGUGUGAGCGUGCAUUCAGGUCCCUUCCCUGCAUGGGGCACGCUUUGAAUAGGUUGGGGUUGGGACCACAUUGGAGAAGCUAUCAUGUCAACUCCAGUUCAGGCUUCUGGAGAUUUUAGUGUAAGAGGUCAGGCCAGACAUUCUCAGUUCCUUGUGGGUAAUGGUCAUCAAGUGGGUGUAGCUGGGCCUCUGGUACUGGAACAGCCUGGAUUGACCCUUCUGCAUAUGGUUGGGCAUAUCCCACUCAUAGCGUCCUUUUCUUUGCCCUCCCGUUUUAUUUUAGAAGCAGAUACCACGCUACUAAAGAAGCCAGAGAAACUGUUGGCAGAGUUGGACCGGAGCGGGCUACCCUCUGUCCCUGGGGCCCCCAGACGAAGAGGCAGUAUGCCUGUCCCCUACAAGCAUCAGCUUCGGCGGGCCCAGGCUGUAGAUGAACUUGACUGGCCACCUCAGGCCUCAUCGUCUGGCUCCUCUGACUCCUUGGGCUCAGGGGAGGCAGCCCCUGCUCAAAAGGAUGGCAUCUUCAAGGUCAUGCUAGUGGGGGAGAGCGGCGUGGGCAAGAGCACCCUAGCAGGCACUUUUGGUGGUCUCCAGGGAGACAGUGCUCAUGAACCAGAGAACCCAGAGGAUACCUAUGAAAGACGCAUCGUGGUGGAUAAGGAGGAAGUGACUCUAGUCGUUUAUGAUAUCUGGGAACAGGGGGAUGCAGGAGGGUGGCUGCAGGACCACUGCCUUCAGACCGGGGACGCCUUUCUCAUCGUCUUCUCAGUCACUGACCGACGAAGCUUCUCCAAAGUUCCAGAGACCCUACUUCGGCUCCGGGCUGGGAGGCCGCACCACGACCUACCCGUUAUCCUUGUUGGAAACAAGAGCGACUUGGCCCGCUCCCGGGAGGUAUCACUGGAGGAGGGCCGCCACCUGGCCGGGACGCUGAGCUGCAAGCACAUCGAGACGUCGGCCGCACUGCACCACAACACGCGGGAGCUCUUCGAGGGCGCGGUGCGCCAGAUCCGCCUGCGGCGGGGCCGAAGCCGCGCCGGGGGCCAGAGGCCCGAGCCGGGCAGCCCCGAGGGCCCUGCGGCGCCCGCACGCCGCGAGAGCCUCACCAAGAAGGCCAAGCGGUUCCUCGCCAACCUGGUGCCGCGCAACGCCAAGUUCUUCAAGCAGCGCUCCAGGUCGUGUCACGACCUCUCGGUGCUCUGAGCCGCGGUCGCCAUGGCCACUGCGGUCGCCAUGGUCACCGCGCCCUCCGCUCGCCCCCUCGCCCCGCCCCGCCCCUGUCCGGCUUCCCUGGUGGAGGCCGUCUAGGAAACCAAAAACUCCCAGGAUGCCCCGGUGUGACCGCGGAGGGCGGCCCGGGGCCGCUGGGCGGUACCUCCACACCCGCCCCGACGCGUUCUCCGGAUCUUCGGGCCUCAGGGCGCCUAGAAGGCAAGGACGCAGACCUGAAGGCGGCCGGUGAGCGGGGCGGGUUCUGCUGGGUCGGGAAGAAAAAUAAUUCUGCAAGGUAGUUUGUUUUUUAUUAAUUCGCGCUUGGCCACCUCAUCUGUAAAGAGAUUCUAAAAGCGAGAUCUGGAAAAGUGCUCUGUAGACUCCUUGAAGGAGUUUGCCUCCUUUGUACGCUGCGUGAACUUGCCUCACCUUUAAGAGAGUCUUAAAGGUACAGACAUGAAGACCCUUCCUCCAGGGACCUUCCUGAAAACGUUUUGGCUCUCAUCUGCUGCCGGGUGUGUCCACUUUGCCUUUAAGGAGUUCUUAAAGGUAAGGGCCUGGAAGCCCUUGAUUCAGUUGACUUACUAGUCCACCACGGCACUUCCCCUUUAAGAUUAUUAAAGGUAAGGGGUGGACAGACUUUCUGCAUUCAGAUGCUGAGCAGUGGCAACCCCUUUGGGCCAGGGCCCAGAGGGCACCAGCAAGAGGCCACCCUUUCUCUUUUCAAUAAAGAAUUUUUAUACUGCA